GAAAAUCCUUACAAGUCAAAACACGCCAUGUCCUCUAAAUUGUCGAGCGUGGGAGAUAGCCUGGAAGAGUUGAUUCAAAUUUUAUUGAACAAUCGGAGGGAAGUAGAACUCGGACAUGCAAUUCUACAACUUUCCCGAGCAAACCGUAAAGUUGUGUCAGAUUUUGGGGCGCAAGAGUUUGUCAAUAAGUUUCCACAACUUUUCCAGACCAGGCGAACGAAAUCGAAAGUAAUGUUGAGGUUGGACGUUCCUCUCGAGUUCUGUCCUCAAGCGGGGGAAAAAGGUGGAUGUACUGAUAUGAGGUGUUUUCGUCUUCAUUUGUGCCCUUUCUUUGUCAAAGAAACCUGCAAAUUUGGUGACAAGUGCAAAAGGUCUCACGAGUAUCAAGACGAACAUACGAUGCGCAUUCUGCAACACUUCCGCCUUCGCUUUCUUGACCUUAAUCUUCUUCAAGACAUACUGAAAAUGAUUGUUGAUGAGAGUGAGAUCCAGCGAACGGCUGCUGGUCGCUCUUUACCAGACAUCUGUAAAUUCUACAACAACAAGAGCGGUUGCAAGAAAGAAGAAAAUUGUCCCUGUCUUCACGUGUGUGAGCACUUCGUCGAUGGCGAUUGUAAAUUCGGAGGAGGAUGCAAAAGAAACCACGACUUCUCUGAUUCCCAUAACAGAAGAGUUCUACAGCAGUAUGAUAUGGGGCACAUCAGUAUCCAUAAAGUGCUUCAACGACUGAAGGGCAGGGAAAGAAAGCGAACUGUUAGCGCAAGUUCUGACGAAGAGAGUGUGCAAUUAUCAAGAUACCAACCAGUGAUGAGAAUGGAUAGUGCUAACCCAACCAUACCACAUAUUCUUGUGCAGCAAGGAGUAGGCAGUCCCUCCAUACCAGAAAUCUGUAAAUUCUACAACAGUAAAACAAAAUGCACAAAAGGUGAUGGGUGUCCUUGCCUUCACGUAUGUGAGCAUUUCAUCAGUGCUGACUGCAAAUUUGGUGAGGCUUGUAGGCACGAACACAGCUUCUCCUCUUUCCAUAAUAGAAGAGUCUUGAAACAACAUAACAUUGCCAAUGUCAGUGACCUCAAAAUCCUUGAAUACUUACAAGCAAGAGUGAAGAAACGAACAGGAGGUGCAAGUUCCAGUGUUGAGAAGUCUUUGACUGUCAACUUAAGUGCUGUAAACCCCAGUCAAGAUGACAAAGGCAAAGAUACUGAGAUUUGUGGAUUCCACAUGCGUGGCAAGUGUAACUAUGGUGACAAGUGUAUCCAUCACCACACAGAUUUACCCUAUUUAUGGCAAUUUGCUGCACAGGGUGAUGACCAGUGGGAAAGUUUUUCAAAUGAAGUGAAUGCAAUCCUUGAGAAUUGUUACUGUGAUGUCAAAAAUGAAAGCUCUAGUCAUGUAACAAUAAAGGGAUCUCUUUAUCUUGUUAACUUCCAGGAUAUGACUGCUGUUCCAAGAUCAUUUUCAGGUGCUACGCCUAAGAUGUGGACAUUGAUGGCGAAAAUGUUUAUGACCACUGGGACUGUGGUAAAGGUUCGAAGACUUUCUACCGUGUCAUCAGUGGCUGCUGCAGCAGGCCAUGUGUUCAGCACUAGAUGGGAGUGGUACUGGAAAGAUGAGAAUGACAAGUGGCAGUCAUAUGAUACUCCUGGUGAUGGACAUGCUGUGAACACAACCAGUAGUCAGUGUCUUGAAAGAGAGUAUCUGGCAGGGAAGGACACUCACCCUUUUAGUGCAUCUCAUCACCAAUAUACAUUGGACUUUAAAAAAUGGUGCCAGAAAAAUGAUAAGUAUACAACAGAAAGGCCUGUAAGAAGGAGACCUGCUGAGUUUGUGUCCAAACAGAAUAUGGCUGAGAUUGCUGCUCAAAGGCGUAAAGCUGCUGGUACGGCCCGACCAUCAAGUUCAUUUUCCACAGAAGCGGACGGGGUGCCAUCUCACUGGUCUUCUGUUCCUGUAGGCGAGGAGUACUCGUGUGAACGUUUGUCAACAAUCACCGAAGAAUACAAGAAGACGGAGAAGAGAUUCAAAGAUUCAAUGGACGAGAGCCACAAAAUUGUCUCCAUAGAGCGAGUGCAGAACCCGGAUCUGUGGAUUCUAUUCAAACAGAAGAAGGUCCGCAUGACUAAGAAAAGCGGCAAAGAACCCGAAGAACGCCAACUCUUCCAUGGAACAAACCCCAACACUGUCAAAGCAAUCUGCCAACAGGGAUUCGACUGGCGAAUGUGCGGGAAAAAUGGUACAGCUUAUGGCAAGGGAAGUUAUUUUGCUUCUAAUGCUAAUUAUUCUCACUGUUAUUCCAAUCACGGUGUUACUCGUGGUACUAAGCAGAUGUUCUUGGCUAAGGUUCUGGUGGGUUCUUUUACAGCUGGAGACAAAUCUCUUACAAGGCCUCCCCCUAAAGAUUCAUCCAAUCCCCAUGUGUUGUAUGACUCCUGUUGUGACAACACAGCGAAUCCUGCAUUGUUUGUUGUGUUUGAAAAUGGGCAGUCUUACCCUGAGUUUUUGAUCACGUACACUUGAUUUGUUAACUUUGUAUUUACCGUGAUGAAACAGAAACGUAACGAAACGUAACGAAAUGGCACGUCUUGUAGCUGCCUAAUGGAUGGUAACGUGACCUAACGUAACAGAACGAACUGUAACGUAACGUAACGUAACGUAACAUAUCGACGAUACAGCGAAGAAACAUAAAAUACUUUGGUGUGAAAGUUAUAUACCAACAUAGUGAAAAUGUGCUGUUCUCAGCAUACGUUGAUAAAUUAGUUCAAGUUCUUUAUUUUCAUAAUGUUUUUUGAAAUGGUUUUUGUUUAUUUUAAUGAUAGUUUUAAACACUCAACAGAUCGGUACCGUAUCGUCGAAGAGGAUACAUUCCUCUCUAAAUAAGAAGAGAUAAAAAUUUGAUAGUUUUAAUUUUUGAUAUGUUUACGAGUAGUCCAUGAAAUUUUGGAAAAUUCCUUUGAAGGUGGAAAAAAGUAAAGUAGAAGAAAUAAGAAAUUACAAUCCAAGUAAUGAAAUAACAUUAAUAAAUGGGCUGAGUUUCUAAAGAAACCGUGGUGCUGCGUUGGUGGGAGGGUAUAACAAGGUAAUUUGGAAUUAUCAACUGAGUUGAUGACGUAAAUUGGCCAUUGUAAAGAGUUGCAAAGCUGAUGUUUCGAGCGUUAGCCCUUCGUCAGAGCGAAUGGUUUCGCUCUGACGAGGGGCUAACCUCGAAACGUGAGCUUUGAAAUUCUUUACGGAGGCCAAUUUACGGUUUCAACUCAGUUGAUAAUACCAAAUUUCCCAAUGAAAUAAUAAUUUGGUAGUUUUAAUUUCUAAAACGUUUACAAGUAGUCGGCACAACGUCUUGAAAACUUCUUCAAAACGAAAAAUCGACAAUAGAAAAAAUAACAACGAAAAACAACAAAAGAAAACAAAAAAACCACGAAGGAAGGAAACAAACAAACGAAGAUUUGAAGAUUUCUUCCAGCAAUGGUGACAAAAUCGGGAAAAGUAUAUCAGUUUCAUUUGCAAGUACCUGCCGUUUUCAUUUGUUUUUCAAAAUCGCUGGUAGGAAAGCACAAAGCUUGAAAAUGAAGUUAGAGUCGAAGCUAAUCCUCAAAAUCUGCCUUAAACAAAACCUGCAAAAAUGCCAUGCGGUAGUCUACAAGGUGUAAGGUACGAUUUACCAACAAGUGCCACCGAGCCACUUUGCUAUUAGCAACUACCCGUUCCAGCUUUGUAGUAAGGGCUUAUACACGCACAAAAAAAAAAAAAUUAAAGGAAAAAGGAACCAAGAAUGAGAUAAAAAAAACAAAUGAGAAAUAAGAAUAAAAGAAAAGGAAAAUCAUUUGACAAAAUCAAACAUUUUGUGAGAUCCCCUCUUUAGGCUAAAUUGUAAAAAUAGAUGGACAGUAUUUUUUAAACAGCAAGGGGAGAGGGAAUAGGAAUAACAGAUAAUAGACUGGAAUUUAGGUAAAGUAAAUUCCGUUUCAUUUCUAACCAUUUUGCAAAUUUGGUAAUGUAGAAUAGGGCGCACGUGAAUUUUUCUUUUGCUUUUAUUUUUGGUUUUUUUAUUGUUCAAUUUUCAUUAUUUGAACAUAAAUAGGAAAAUAGGUAAGAAACGCUUCUUUAAGGAAACUCGUCUAAAAAGGCUCAGCUCUCAAGUUUUGUCCUUGUUAGUCUGAAAUGUCAGCAUUCCUCUCGCCCCUCUCCCCCUUUGGGACACUCCUAGGGGUGGUGGCCUGGGGGAUAUCUGGUCACUCGUAAACUCCCCUUACUGGAAGUGAUAUUAUGCUGUUUUUUACCUUGGUUAUUAGUGAAACGGAUUUACUUUUGUAGCUGUAGCUAUAAAGACAUUUCGUUAGCGUUGUACCGUUUGUACCAAAUCUUAGUGCAGGAAUCUGCUUUGUAAAUUCUCAUUUUUCAGCACUUUGCUCAGGUCUAGCUGUCUUUGGCCUGUGUACGAAGACCAGUUUCCGGUUGUCGCUUGUCUAUUCUAUGGGCAGACAAUGGGGACAACUGGAAAUACGUAAGCGUUCACAGGCUACGCUCUCGUCAGACUACAAUUGUAUUUCUUACAGCAUAGAAGAAACAAAACGUUUAAUCUUAGGUGUUAAGGCCAAGGCACUCGAGGGGGACAUGUAGUAGGGAAGAGUUGUUAGUGCAGACUGUCACUCCACCUGUUUACUGCUUGGAACGUGUUAGAUUGUUAGUCAUACAAAGAAAAACUGCGGUUCUCUGGCAACUAUAACCUGUUCCAGGGAUUCAACAAAUAAAAUGAAGCGCGAUCUUAAACGGCACGAUAGAAGCCAAGGAAUGGAAAAUCAAGGGAGGUUGACUAGCGUCCCGUAAUGAAUUACGCGAUCCGACCCAAACCUCCUUCAUUUUCGCUCGUCUGCUACUAUUGCGCCGUUUACUAUUUCGCUCCGUUUUGCUGAGAGCCUGGAACGGGCUAUGACGACCACAACUACCGUUUGUCACUCGCUCUGUCUUCCGUCUCCACUAACCUAGAAUCAUAAACAAUCCAAGGGUAAUUUUCAGAGCGAUGCGACAUUUAAUUCAAACCCUGGGUGUUUUUGUCUUUUCCCCCCCUCCCCCUCCCCAUUCAAAACAUACAAUUCAAACCAAUUGCAAUGCAAACAUAUUUUAGUGCAAAAGAAUUGUUUCACACAAACGACAGUUCCACUGCGGAAGUCUUAUCACCAGCUGCAAGGAGAUCGAGCACCCUACACCCCUGAAACAUGUCUUCCUUGUUUGCUCAGGCCUCAACUGAUCGCUGUAGAAUUGAAGUUAAUAAAAUCAACAUUAAAGGGAAGCCUUGUGUUAUCCUGAGCUGAAAUAUUUACAAUA